AUGGCUACAGGAACCCACAAAGGAGUCAUGGCCAACCAUGAGCCUGCAGAUUUAGAGAAUCAAGCCGCCAGCCGCCCCACCGGCUCUAACCCCCAUCCUGCAGAGGGGCCUGGGGCUCUUUUGUGUGUCACUCAGGCUUCCAACCUCCCAAAGAAGGGCGAUGAAUUGUUUGGUGAGGACAGCCAAAGUCCUGAAAGAGAUUUUGUGGUUCUCAACCCGGAGAUAAAAGAAGCAGCUCCCCUUUUCCGGGAAGUAUUUAACUUGAGCGUGGGGACCCUUUGUCUUGUUAGUUACCCAUCCUACUCCGCCCCAGCACAGCCUGGUGCAACGAGGGGGCGGCGUCCCUCUGCCCGGCAGGGUCAGAGCCGCGGAGCGCGAUCAGAGCCCACAAGGGAGGGGCCCCGCGCCGCGCAGGUAACCGGGCUGCCGCCCGCGACUGGAAUGUGCCCCGGGUGCAGGGGCGCUUCCCGGCGGGAUGAAGGGGUUCCCAGCCGAGCUCCUUUCCGUUCUUGCCGCUUUCCUGGGGCUCUUCUGGACGCGCCGGGCACUCGGAGGUACAGGUUUCUCACCUCGCCUGCCUAUGGUCUUUCUGGGCGCCCUGACUGCGCUGAGCAGGCCGGGCUAGAGCGGGUCGGGAGCGGGGCGGACGCGGGUCCGCGCACAGGCGGGCAGGCGGGAGGGAGUGCAGGGAGUCCGGAGAGCUGGCGGGCUCGGAACUGGCAGGCUGGGGGGCAGGUGGCUAGGGACUAUCCCGCCCGGCCCUGUCCGCUGGAGCGUUGCAAAGCCGAGAGCCCCGCCGUGAUCUGGGGAAACUCUGAGGCCAUGUUGGCUGGCUCAUCAUCACAUCUCCUAACUGUGGCAUCAUUUUUUGGUGAAAGCUUUGUGGAACUCAACAUCAUUGAAGCUUCUCCAGACUUAUCUCUUCACUUGAAAUUUCAGACCAGCAAACCAAAUGGAUUACUUUUUCUAGCAGCUGGAAAAGAUGAUUAUUGUACAGUAGAACUUAUUUCAGGAAACCUACAGGUGAGAGUGAAUUUGGGUACAGGUGAAUUAGUGCUACAUUCUCAACAAAAAUCACGCCUGGAUGACUUGGCUUGGCACGUGGUUGAAUUGCAUCAUGCCAGUGAUAGUGUCACUCUGGUGAUUGACAGAUUCUAUAGGACCAGUGGUACAAUAUCAGGGAGAAUACAGGGAUUGAAUAUUCAGCAAGGAAUAUACAUUGGAGGGAGCGGCAAUCUUGAUGUUCCUUACUUGGAAAGAGGACACUCCAAUUUCCGAGGAUGUAUGGAGGAGGUGAUAUUUAACCAGCACGAGAUUCUGAACUCCCUCAGAUCUUACCCCGGAUUUAAGAAAGUUCACGAGGUGUCCUUGGGAUGUAGUGAUGAAUUCUUUGCAGGUGAAAAUGAAGCUGUCAAUUUCUUUAGCUCUAAAUCUUACGUGGCUUUUCCGAGGUGGAACAUCCAGGGAGAAGGACUUUGGGAAUUCACUUUUCAGACGGGAGCUGACCAGGGCUUGCUUCUCUAUCAGUCUGGAAGAUCAAGAGACUUUGUUGCUUUGGAAAUAGAAGCUGGAUUCAUUAAGGCACAUGUUGGAAGAAAUCAAACUAAAACCGAGCUUCCUUCCCUUAGUUUAAUUAGUGACAAUGAGUGGCAUUUUGUUAAACUCCAGUUCAAUGAGAGGCAUUUCAGCUUGUUAGUCGAUGAAGAAAGAGUCAAAAUAUCGCUGCCUCUGUAUAGCAGGGCUUUCGAAUGUAAAGGUCCACUCUUUGUGGGAGGUGUUGAUAACAGUGCCCGAGCAGAAAUAAAGAAGUUAGAGUUUACCUCUAUUUCUAGGAAAUCUGUCAGAGGUGGCUCCUUCAAAGGUUGCUUAAGAGGUCUGAAGGUUAACUCCAAAAAGCUAUCACUAAAGAAUGCCCUUGUUUCCAAAGAUAUUGCCGCUGGGUGUAAUACAAAAAGCAAUGAUUUUUCAAGUCUUCCUAUGACAACAACUGAAAAAAUGACACUUCAGACAAGAACUCCCUCUUCUAGCACUCCUCUGGAAAGCUUCAAAUCUUCUCUUCAAGAGGAUAGCAGUUAUUUCUUAAAUUUGAAUGACUUGGUAGUUCAGGAAGGUGGACAAGCCCCAGUUGAAAGUAAACAUAUUAGGAUGAAUUCAGAAUUCAAGGAUUUAGACAUUCAUCAUUCCCAAGUCCUAUUUAAAAUUAAGGAAAAAACAAUUCAUGGAGACCUGAGAUUAGAUGUUGCACCUGAAUCCCAGGUGGAGGCGACUUUUACGAUGUUAGAUUUGUGGCAAGAAAGGAUUUUGUAUGUCCAUGAUGGCUCUGAGAGCACCAGAGAUUACUUUGUAUUUUCUGUCUCUAUCAGUAAAGAGAAGGAAAUUCCUUUCCAUCUGCAAAGAAACGAUCAGUAUGUGUUUAACAUUACUAUCACUCCAGUAAAUGACCCCCCAGAACUUUUCCUUCCAGAAGGAAAUUUGCUGCUUCUUUUAGAGAACUCCAAGAAGCGACUGACAUCUAAUAUGAUAGAGGUGUUGGAUCCAGAUACCCACCCAUCUGAUCUGACAUUUUCAGUACUUGGGAACUUCAAUGCAGAUACUGGAUAUUUAGAAAACUCUAAACAUCCAGGAAAAAUAAUUAAUACAUUUACAAAUGAGGAUUUACAAGGUGGAAGAAUUUUCUAUGUGCAUCAUGGGCUCCAGAAUUCCCGCAUUGUUCUACGAGUAAGUGAUGGGGAGUUGGUUAGUAAUACAGCUGUGUUACGAGUGAAAACCAUCCCUUGGGAUUAUAAAGUGGUAAAUAAUACUGGUGUGGCUGUUCAGCAGGGAAACACAGUUUUGAUCACUCAGAGCAACUUGUCAGUACAGCUUAAUGCUGGGGGGCAUGAGAUGGAGAUACGCUAUGACAUUAUCCAUCCUCCUCUUUUUGGCCAAAUUCAAAGGCGUAGUUCCAGUGGAGAAUGGAAGCCCGUCAACACCUUUUCUCAACGUUCUGUUGAUCGAGAUCGAGUAAGGUACUGCAGUACUUUUAAAGAACCACAACUGGAAAAUGUCACUGAUCAUUUUGUAUUUAAAAUUAGCAUUGAAAAUAAAGUCAGUGAAGAACUGGUGUUUCCUAUAGCCAUACAAUGGCUGAAGUAUAAAUUAGUGAAAAAUGGUCCACUAGACAUCAAUACAAUGGAUAAAAAAAGCUUAACUUCUGAUCACUUAAUGGUUAGAAUGGAGAAUAUGGAGGUACUUGAAAGUAAACUUCAUUUUAAGCUACUCUCCCUGCCCAAGAAAGGAAAACUGCUGCUUGGCAGCAGAAUUUUAAAACUAAACUCCACCUUCAGCCAGAAAAACAUUAUAGAUGGUGAAGUGGCUUAUGAACUACUGGAGAAGUCACAGGAAACCACCCAAGAUUCAUUCAGAUUCUUGAUUUGUACAAAUCAUAUGGAAUCAAAGAUUUAUAUUUUCAGAAUAAAUAUCAGAGCAGAUCCCAACCGCAUUAUUUUAAUCAACAAAGGAUUUUCCGUAACUGAAGGAGAAGGGAAAUUAAUCACCAAAACAGAAUUAUUUGCACAAACUUUAGACAAUCAAGUCUUCCAUUAUAAAAUUAGCAAGAACCCUCAACACGGGAAGCUGAAACUUAUUAAUUUUUCAGAUUCAUUGGAAAGUAAUGAUCACGUAACCACUUUCACCAACCAGGAUAUUGUUGAUGAACGUGUAAUGUAUGUCCAUGAUGACUCUGAGAAUGGGUUUGAUGAAUUUGUUGUGGAGGCAUCUGCCCAGGGACCAAGAAACGAGGAAGCCAGGGUGGAUCUCGAAAUCAGAGUAAAUGUUACUGUGACACUGAAGAAUGAUGAAAAGCCUGUGCGUGUGGUGGAUAAAGUAUUUCACGUGGUGAGAAAUGGCCAACGCUUAUUGACCUUGACGGAUCUCUGUUAUCAUGACCCUGAUUCAGAUUUUAAUGAUAGACAGUUGCUGUACACCAGACGUGGCAUUCCAAAUGGCGAUCUGGUAUUAGCUGGUGAUCCUAGUCAGAAGCUCUACCAGUUCCAACAAGGGGACCUAGAGGAAGGGCAUGUGUUGUUCAGGCAUCAUGGUGCAGACCAUGCCCGAUUUGUGCUAUUUGUCACAGAUGGCACCCACUACACAUCCUCCCUUUUAGAGGUCAGCGCUUCAGAGCCUUACCUGCGGAUAGCCAACAAUACAGGAUUGCUGGUGCUGAAAGGAAGAGAGGAGACUCUCACAACAGCUAACCUUAGUGUUGCCACAAAUCAUGACAUCAGAAGUGACACAGAGAUCAAGUAUGAGAUCUUUUUGCUUCCAAAGUAUGGCAGAAUCUUGGUGAAAAAUAGGUCAUCAGCUUCAUUUUCCCAGCAUGACUUAAAGCAAGGAUAUGUGAUUUACAGGCAUGAUGGCAACAACAAUCUUGCUGAUAUAUUCAACUUGACUGCAAAGGUUAAAGAUAUACACCUGGAUGUUGGAAUUUAUGUUCAGGUAUAUUUGGAAAGCCACCAGCAUCCCCCCAAAGUUGUUCACAGCAAGAGCCUUUUAGUUGAAGAAGGAAAAUCAGUGAAACUCAGUAGAAGAGAGCUUCAGGCUGUGCAUGAAAAUAAUUCUCCAUCAGAGAUAAUGUUCAUCAUCAGGAACCCCCCAGUCCAUGGACAGAUCCGAAAAUUUGUUACAGAAGAUGACUUGGGUGCUAUUGAGGAUUCCCCUUCAUCAUUUACCCAACAAGAUGUCGAUGAUGGUCAUAUCCAUUAUGAGCAGACAGCUUCUGACCAACAGCAAGAUCGCUUUUUAUUGGAUGUGACAAAUGGUGUCCAAGCCAUCCGUGGAAUAGAAAUCUUGGUGGAUAUCAUUCCUAGGCUGAUUCCUUUGGUUGUACAGAACUUUACAGUUCUAGAAGGAGGCUCCAGAGCCCUCCUAGAAGACUUCCUUAAAAUUCCAAAUCACCAUUUUGUGGGAAUCAACUGUGAAUUUGUCCUGGUUGAACAACCGAAGCAUGGUUAUGUUGAAAAUUCUCAUUUUCCAAGAAUAAAUCUAAUGAGAUUUACCAGAAAUCAGGUGGAAAAAGGAUUAAUUUAUUAUGUGCAUGAUGGGAGUGAAGAACUACUUGAUAGAUUUACAGUCUUUGUGAAUAAUACAGAACUUGGGAAACAGAGUUUGCCUCAAACUGUCUUUGUGAUGGUUAAACCAGUAAAUGAUGAGGUUCCGGUCAUAGUAGCCAAUAAAAUAUUACGGGUCUGGGUGAAUUCUGUUACUGAAAUAACCCGAAAUGAUCUCUGUGCAGAAGACACUGAUUCCUCACCAGGGGAACUGUCCUACUCCGUCACCCUUCCCAGCAAUGGUCACUUGGCUCUGAAAUCUUUUCCAAAUAGAAGCAUCCUGAAUUUCACCCAAGUUCACAUCAAUGAGGGCCACCUAGUGUUUGUACACACUGGAGCAAUGUCUGGUGGCUUUAGCUUUCAGGUCACUGAUGGCUUGAACUUUGCACCCCGACAGAUUUUUAGCAUCACAGCUCAAGCUCUGGUCCUCAGUCUGGAAGCAAACCAAGGACUGGGAGUCUUUCCAGGUUCCACAAAACCUAUUUCAUCUCACGUCCUGAAAGCUGUAACCAAUGAUGGGGACAGUGCAGGAAACAGAACGAUCACUUUCACAGUUCUAAGUUCCCCCAAAUUUGGGAGGCUCAUUAGGCUAGAUUCUGGCAAUGACACACAGGAUGUUUCAGCAUUUACACAACAUGCGGUCGACGAAGGUCUGAUAUUAUAUAAGCAUACAAACAGUGAGCUUCAAGGCUGGGAUGCAGAAGACUCUUUUACGUUCAUGGUGUCCUCACCUCCAACUGUGCUAGGACCCCAGGUGUUUCCUAUUACAAUCUCAUACGAUAUUAAUGAGCCUGGUCAGCCCAGUCACCUUCUUGCAAAUACAGGAGCUGUUGUCCAGGAAGGAAGGAAAGUCUUAAUUGAUAGAUCUAAGUUAGAUGCUUCAAAUCUCCUCGUUAAAUUGCCUGAAUCUCAGCGAGCUGCCUAUGAAGUCUGGUACCAGGUUACAUCUCUUCCCCACCAUGGUACAAUCGUGGUUGGAGAGAGAAAUGUUACCAAAGAAAAGCCCUAUUUCUCACAGUACAUAAUUAAUAAAUAUGGCAUCACGUAUCAGCAUGAUGACUCUGAAUCCCUUGCGGAUAAUUUUACCUUCUCCGUUUGGUUGAACCAGAAGAGUAAGUCUGCUGAGAAACCAGAAGUGGGCUUUCUUGAAGAGGUGUUUAAUGUCACCAUCUCUCCUGUGAAUGACCAGGCACCGAAGCUGAAGACAAAAGGACUUUCUCUGAAAGUUCUUCAGGGCAAUAGGUUGCGGGUGGGGCCUGACCAUCUGAAAGUGGAAGACCUAGACAACCCCCCGGAGGAGAUCGCAUAUGCUGUGAUCAGCCGCCCUAGCAAUGGCUUUCUGGCCAGGACUCCCCGUCUAGACCUCCCCAUUCACCAGUUUACACAAGCCGACAUCGAUAACGGCCACUUGUGGUUUGUACAAGAUGGAAGCCCAACGUCGGGGGUGUUUUACUUUAGUGUGACCGACGGCAAGCACAGUCCGCUCUACAAACUCUUCCACCUGGAGGUUAUCCCUAUCUCGGUCACCCUUGUGAAUCUGACUGACCUGCUCCUUCCCCAAGGCCAGACCUCGGUCUCCAUCACCAGCACACAUCUGUCCGCCAUGACCAACGGGCAGAGCACCGAGAUGACCUACGAGCUUCUCCAGCCCCUCCAGCAUGGGCACCUGCUCAUGGAAAACGAACGAGUCACUCGCUUCAGGCAGGCAGAUUUAUUUUCGGGGAGACUGUCUUACCACAUGACCAACCUCACCGCCUUCCAGGACAAGCUGCAGUUCGCGGUGUUGACGGCGGAGAACAACCUGACGGGCCAGACCCUGCGCAUCCGAGUGCAGCCUUUGCUACGAGCCUCGCCUGCCCCGAUCAUUCCCAACAGGAUGGCCUACCGGCUGGGGCGGAAGGACCUGGACGCUACGGAUCUGGCUCGUCUGACAAAGAGCGUUCCCACAUUCGAGGUCACAGAGCCGCCCGCCCAUGGAAGACUUGUACGGAGGGCCAGUGGCCGCGCCGAGCCCGAAGGAAUUGACCUGUUUACCCAGAUGGACAUUGACCAAGGCGUGCUGAUGCUUGACACGCGUGCGAACAUGACCGGCGUGGAGACACUGAACGAUUCCUUCACCUUCACGCUCAAGGCCGACCACGUCCAGCCUGCCGUAGGCUACUUUCCCUACACCAUCGUGCCUCCGGAUCCCUUCUUUGGGCAGAGUUUUACCCCGGAAGUGCCAGCGCCGUCAAACGGCCCGCCCACAUCAACAGUUUCUCAAGAGAGAUCUUCCGUCUCCCUAGGACCGGCGGCACAGACCGAUGGCCAGAGGAAGACGACACAGGCGAGAAGCCUGGAUUCAGAUCUCUGGGGGAGUCAGAAAAAGGGACAUGUGGUGGCAGAUGCAGAGACUUCUAGAACCCAGUUCUCCUGGCCCAAGACCACCUCUGAAGCAGGCUCAAGGACGGCCGGAGCAUGGCCCAGAGAGAGCGGUAAUCCCCUGAUGGUCGUCGUACCACUUUCUGUCGCCACUUUUCUGUUGAUAGUGGCCGUGAUGUCACUCUGUAUUUGCCUGAUGUGCCGCAAGGUAAAAAAAGCUAAACCCGUCGUGGACCCUCAGGCCAGCCUAGAACCCAGGACUCCAAACCCAAGCCCAGAAAGGAGUGCCACCAUCCCCUCUGUCACAGUGACACCCCUUAAAAGAAGCUCCAGCAGCCCCGCAGUCAGCCCUUAUCUGCACCCAAGAUGUCAGCAGUUGCUUGCCCCGGUGGCUAAACCAGUGGAGAAAAUAUCUCUCUGGAAUUCCUGGAUGAAUCUGGAUCCAGAAAUGGUCCAGCACUGUCGGAAGACCAAUCCAACACUUAGGCGCAAUCAGUAUUGGGUCUAGGCGACCAUAAAAACUUGCUGAGUAGUUCCCAUUCCCAACAUCUGAUAAAGGAUCCAUGGUAUCUCCCUUUGCC